AUGCAAGCGGACGAAUGCCAGGAAGUCAUAGACCGCAAUUUGCCGCAGCUGGUAAGAUUGCUGCUGGAAUCUCCAAUCGAUGGCAAGAAAAAUUACAGUGACCCCGAGGUUAAGGUGGACUCCGACACCAUCGAGAAAUGUCUCGCCUAUGCCAGGCAUCACGUAGCGGAUCCUAAUGUUAUGGAUUGCCAGCCGGAUGCGGUGUGGGUUACCAUGAACCACUUUUUGGAACGCUAUCGCUGCGAACGCAUAGCUGAAUUCGGGGAUACCUUCAACCAGCUGGCCAAUGUGGUACUGAAUCAUCCAAUCUGUGUGAACCACAAGCAGCCGAACCUCCACUGGCGCCUCAUAGACUUCGUGCUCUCCGUGAACUACAAGGCCUUUCACUCCGUCCGUCGCAACUUCCAAGAAAUGGAGCAGAAGCGAAAGAACAUCCUGGAUGCCCUGACCGUGGCCAUCAAGAGUUCGCAGCUCGUUCCCAAGGAUGCAAAAAAAUGUGCUUCCCAUACUAAAUCCAUAGGUGAGGCCACGAAACCAACUGCUGAAGUUAAGCUCAACCACAAGAAAAAGCAGAAGCCCAAGAGUCUGAGGGCAAAGGCUACUUCAGAUCACAUCCAGCGCCUCUGUGAUGAAAUAGAGGAACUAAGUUCCCCGGGUAAUAUGUACUUGGAAAUGGUGCGACCACAGAUUCCAAAGGAACGCCCUACAGCACUGGACAUCUCGGACGGCAGUUACUCUUUGGAACACAGCCUAAAUCAGGUGGAAGUAAAUGAAAAGUUCGCCUUGAAGGAAGCCAAGAUGGAGCUAAAAUUAAAUCUUGUCCAGAAUGAGCCCUUCGCAGAAAAACCCGCCGUAAUUGACUACUUUAAAAACGAAAGUGAUAUGCUCUACCGCAUUCAGACGACCUGGUGGCAGGUGGAUGUUAGUGUCUGCAAGCAGCCCGGAAAUCUGGUCAGCAGUUUCCACCAAGGAUAUGCAGACUUUUUGAUUUUUCAGCUCCGGGAAAGUCAAACCUCGAUACGAAAGAUGAGCGAGGAGUACCUGCUGCUAAGCGAACUGAUUGUCCUAUUCUUUGCAUCCGCCAAUUGUGGAAACUUUACAAUACUGAAUGACAAUUGGGAGUUGCGGACUGAUGAGCUUAAACAUUUACAAGAAGGUCCUUUUCUGGGCGAGAUUAUAAGCUCCAUAAAACACAUGCGUCAUCUAAGGGAGUUUAUUGAGACGCAUGCGUAUAAGAGAAUAAUGUGUGAUCGCUUGGAGACCUUUAAGUUUUUCAGUGUAGCACUGAAACAACUUCUUCGACCUGUGAUGGAGUUCCUGGUUCAUUUCGAGAGGCGUUUAACAAAGGGCAUUGAACCUGCCACCCUGCAGCACUUUAUAGAGACAUCAAGAAGUCCUUUGGAAAGGAUCAAGUUGCUCUAUAAGCUCUCCCAGAACAAUAAGGAAGAACUACCUUUUAUGCGAAGUCUAAGAACUUUGGAUACCCUUUUUACCAAUACUUUUAGGAAUAUUCAACCCAAAUUGCUGCGAUCCUUGAGCGCAUCCUUACUUCUGCACGCCUUGCAGGCCUAUUGCCAGUUUCUGGACAACUGGUGGUCCACGGGAGACUUCGCAGACUGUCACGAGGAGUUUCUCUUCGAAAGGAUUUUGGUCAACGGACAAACGGAGUAUGUCUUAAGAAAAUCUGCGAUCCAAACAGAAGAACUCCUGAAAUGGGAAUUCUUUGACAUUAUUCAGGGGCAUGUCCUUGACUCCAGUGAGGCAGUGGCCGUUCUCCACGAUGCCAAAACCAUAGGUGACUUCAACACUCUGCAUGGCAUCGUGCAACAGAUACCUCUACACAGUUUAUUAAUAGAUGGGGUACUAAAGGAACUAGCGCCUUAUCAGAUUAAAAUAAUAAAGGACAGUACCUAUGUUCCAGACAUACUGCAGCAGCUGCAGUCUACUGAUCACGAUGCACUUCGUCGGCUAUUUUACUCCUUCCACAUGGAAACUCGACCAGAUCCGCGACAGCCAGCGGGUCAUUCGAUUGACGAGUUGCUAAAGAACUUCCUUGCCUGCGCUGACUACACUCCCGUAUCGGAAAUCAUCACCCAGGAACUUAAAAGGUUGCUGCAUCGAAGGACUAGAUUGGCCAAAUCCUAUAUCUGUGGCCUGGUGCAAGAGUUUCAAGUGGAGAGAGUAGUAAGACACCUACGAUCCGUGUUUCUACUCUGGAACUAUGACCAGUUUCUAAGUGAGUUUGAGUUGUUCUUUGAGAGCCUCAGAAGGAAUCAGCUUAUGGUGGCCUCCUAUAAACUGGAGCAAAUCGUGGUAUCCCAAGAUUUCAGUCUGGGUCAUAUGUUUAAGGUGCGUUUGACCGACGCCCAUCCUGAUUUUAUCUGCCUCAAGGUCAGGUAUGAUCCACUACUGAAGCGUGUAAUCAGCCAGGAGCAAAUUGAGACAAUGAAUUCCUGCUUUCGACUUAUUUUAAAUCUGAACUUCUCGCUCUACCGGUUACAUAAUUUACCCCCCUUAGAUUACUCCAAGCAUAAGCGAUUGCUUGACGCCCUGAGAUCAAUCCAGACUUCCCUUAUCUUCGUCCUCGAGGAGCAGCUAUCGCAUCCUUGUAAACUCUUCCGAAUAAUGCAGGAUCUUCAUUCCUACAACUCUGAAUUGGACGAAUACACUUCCUUGGGCGAACUUAGACGCAAUCAGGAAUUGUUUGUGUUGCACAUGCAGAAGUAUUUGCGGGAGGAGCAAUUCGCUUGCAGCUUGCCCGAGAUCCUUAAGCUGAGCAGAGUUUUUUGGCAUCGAUGGGAGAGAACCAGAGUCCUUAUAGACGAAUAUCGCAGCCUGAAGGCCACUAAUAUAUUUGAAGGAAAGUACGAAUUGCUGCGCUUGAACUACCUGCUGGAAACUCUCAAGAAAUGCAAGGCGAUUGGCUGUUUCCUUGGCCAUAUUUAA